AUGGCUACGGACGGACGUACGAAGCGCUCGCAGUCGAUAUGCGCUCCCGCUUCCGCGAGUAUGGAAGCCCUCGCGGCUCCAAUGGAGACCACGCCGGCCCCUCGGCGCCGGCCGGCCGCGCGUUCCCAAUCCGCCCGGAUAACCGGCGGACGGUCUGUGAGACACCGCCGUCAACAACAGCAGCAGCAGUUGGAUAGGGAGACCAGGGCUCGGUACAGUUCGGAGCCUCGCCUUGCCGAAGCUGAGACUCCACCACAAGUGCGUCGGCAGGCUUCAGCGAGGCGCCGGCCACCUCCUGGCCAGCACAACCAGCCUCGUCGGUCUAACGCCUUCUUAGACGUCCCACGCAACACACACCAGCAAGAAGCCGAAGAACCUGAUGAAGACUCCUACAGGCUCCGCACGUUCAACAUCACACAGAAAGGAGGUCAGUGCUAG